CGAAGUCACUGCCGGAAAUGACCUUCUUGGCACUCUCGCUCUUCCCACCACACCGCGGACCUCCUCUUCUUCGCAGAGAGCCGCAGCUCGCUCGACGUCUUGGCGCGGUGGCAGUAGUCGAAGUAGUUCUGGAGCAGGUCGUGGUGAGCAAGGCAAUCCGGCCGACUUGAACUUGUUGGACGACUUAUCCACACAAAAAAAACCAUCCCCAUCCAUUUUUUGCAUGAAAAAGAACACAGGACUACUUUAUACGUGUUUUGCGUGACAUAUUGGAUGGGGAUGGGUGUUGUUUUUUCCUUGAUACAACUGGACGUUACCGUACAACACACCUCGUCCACAGGAGCAGGGUACCCAUGGUGGCGCGGCGAAUGGCGGCGCUGCAGGUGGAUUGACGAACCUACUUGCCGAAGCCAGGUCAGACUGGUAUGGCGUUCUCAAAUGUUACAUUCUCAACUGUUACAUAAUUUGUCACGCAAACAAACUAUCACUCUUAACACGAUCAAGCCUUCUCCACAGUAAGGAAAAGAUAAUAUAAGCGCCCGGGGAUGAAGAUAUACUCGCGAUACUUUUCGCGGUUCUGACCCUAGAUCUCCUGCGACCGUAGCUGCUUGCGGCGACGGUGCAAAGGUUUUCGAUAUGGUGCAGUCGGGUAUGCAUGACAACUUCUCGACGCGCUAGAUAGCAUUAUAAUCUGCUCCAAACCUGUAAAGCAAAAGGCGCAAGAACGUUUUCCCUAUUCACUUUUGCCAUUCAUUACAAAUUUUAUGUAACAGUAGUUGAGAAUGUAACGUUUGGGAACGCCAUAACUGGAACUUCCAGCGGGUUUUGAUGCAAGAGCUGCGAAAGCUGAUACAGCAAAUGGAGGUGCUCGAGUCCGGAAACCGAGCAGACAAACGGGGCUCGGAGGAAACAAGUGCAAAGAACAAAAAGCGGGGGCUACACGACCCGCCCGCAGCGCACCAGCAUCGACAUCGACGCGAGGACCAUCUUAGGGACAUCGAACAGGGAACAGUAAACGCCGAGCAGAGCUUUCAAGGCGCGAGGCUGCGGGGCGCCUAUUCAGGACCAUUGCCUCGUGCUGGGACGACGAGUGACCAUCAGGACAAGCAGGCUGCUGAUAGUAAUAUUAACCGUGAGGGUCACCUACUACAUCGUGAUGACGAUCAAAAAUCUUCCGGUUAUUUGUCGUCAACUACAACCACGGAAGUAGAUCAUAACAGUACAACUAAUAGCACUAGUACUUCUGUCGAAGCGAAAAAGUUAGGGGAGGCGUUGGGGUUUUCCGGAGCAAAGCUUUUCUUUAUCGACCGCUUCACGUGGAAACAGAUAUUGCAGAGCGAACGUUUCAUUUUCGAAACCAGCACGUCCCGUGGCGUUGAAUUUUCAGAAAGCGUG